AUGUCCCUGUGCGAGUGGCACAUCGCCGUGAAGCUGGCGGACCAGCCGCUCGCGCCCAAAUCCAUCCUGCGGCUCCCGGAGACGGAGCUGGGCGAGUGCCCCCUGGGCGGCUGCAGCAUCUCCCACCUGAAGCAGCUCAUCACCGGGAAGCUGCAGGAGUCCGUGCCGGACCCGGAGCUCAUCGAUUUGAUCUACUGUGGUCGUAAGCUGAGGGAUGACCAAACACUGGAUUUUUAUGGCAUCCAGUCCGGCUCCACUGUUCAUGUCCUGCGCAAGUCCUGGCCUGAGCCGGAUCAGAAGCCGGAGCCCGUGGAUAAGGUGGCCGCGGUGCGGGAAUUCCGGGUCCUCCACACCGCCCUGCACAGCAGCCCUGCCUACAGGGACGCGGUCUUCAAGAUGCUGGGAAACAAGGAGUCCUUGGACCAGAUCAUUGUAGCUACGCCUGGCCUCAGCAGUGACCCCGUCGCUUUGGGAGUCCUGCAGGACAAGGAUCUCUUCUCAGUGUUUGCAGACCCCAACAUGCUGGACACGCUCAUUCCCGCGCACCCGGCGCUCGUCAACGCCAUCGUCCUGGUGCUGCACUCGGUGGCCGGCAGCGCCCCGCUGCCAGCCCCGGACACCUCCUCCCGGAGCCUCUCGUCCGGCUCCUACCGGGAAAUGCCAGGUGGCUUUCUGUUUGAAGGUCUCUCAGAUGAAGAAGACGACUUUCACCAGAGCACCCGAUCAACACCGUCCAGCAGCGCGUCUGGUUCCCGGCCGGCCUCCCUGGGCUACUCGGGGGCCGCGGGGCCGCGGCCGAUCACGCAGAGCGAGCUGGCCACCGCGCUGGCCCUGGCCAGCACCCCGGAGAGCAGCUCCCACACGCCGACUCCGGGCACGCAGGGUCACUCCUCUGGCACCUCCCCAAUGUCAUCCAGCGUCCAGUCGGGAACACCCAUCACCAACGACCUCUUCAGCCAGGCCUUGCAACAUGCCCUGCAGGCCUCCGGGCAGCCCAGCCUGCAGAGCCAGUGGCAACCACAGCUUCAGCAGCUGCGAGACAUGGGCAUCCACGAUGAUGAGCUCAGCCUCCGGGCCCUGCAGGCCACCGGAGGGGACAUCCAGGCCGCCCUGGAGCUCAUCUUUGCUGGUGGGGCUCCCUAGCU